GUGUUCCGAUGGCGGAUGGCGGGGUUCUAUGGCGGGGCAAAUUUUUGACAAUUUUUAGAAGCAAGCACCCGAUUCAUGGGACGAGCAGGAACGAGCAAGGACGACUAGCUCUGAGCUAGAAAUAUAUUUGCAUAUAUUUAGCUCGAUACAGUUUAUACUCGCACGAGAAUCCUACCUUCCGAAUAGUCAAUCAGUUCGAAGACGACCAUGGCUUCCCAAUUCCCUACUAAGAAAUGCGGCGUCCUAGGCUGCACAGGCUCCGUCGGCCAGCGCUUCAUCCUGCUGCUGUCGCAGCACCCGCACUUCGUCCUGCACGCCGUGGGCGCGUCGUCCCGGUCCGCGGGCAAGAAGUACAAGGACGCCGUCAAGUGGAAGCAGGCCUCGCCCAUGGGCCCCGUGGCCGAGCUCGUCGUCCGCGAGUGCAAGGCCAGCGAGUUCGCCGACUGCGACGUCGUGUUUAGCGGCCUGGACGCGGACGUUGCCGGGGACAUCGAAAUGGAAUUCCUCAAAGCCAACCUCGCCGUGUUCUCCAACGCGAAGAACUACCGCCGGGACCCGCUCGUGCCGCUCGUCGUGCCUACCGUCAACCUGCCGCACCUGGACCUGAUCCCGCACCAGCGGGCGCAGCACGGGCUGGAGAAAGGGUUUUUAGUGUGCAACUCGAACUGCGCGGUGAUCGGGCUCGUGAUCCCGUUCGCGGCGCUGCAGGCGCGCUUCGGGCCCGUCGACGCCGUCUCCGUCGUCACCAUGCAGGCCGUGUCCGGCGCGGGGUACCCGGGCGUCAGCAGCAUGGACAUCGUGGAUAACGUCGUCCCCUUCAUCUCCGGCGAGGAGGACAAGCUCGAGACCGAGGCCCGCAAGAUCCUCGGCUCUAUUAAUGCCGAUGCUACUGCUCUCUCCGACCAGGAAGGCCUCAAGGUCAGCGCGAGCUGUAACCGCGUCCCUGUGCUCGAUGGACAUACGGCGUGUGUGAGCUUGCGCUUCAAGAAUAGGCCUAGCCCGACCGCGGAGGAGGUCAAGAAUGCGAUGAGGGAGUAUGUGAGCGAUGCGCAGAAGCUGGGAUGCCCGAGCGCGCCUACCCCGAGUAUUCUGGUUUUUGAUGAGCCGGAUCGCCCGCAGCCGAGGCUGGAUCGCGACUUAGGGCGCGGGUACACGGUUAGCGUCGGCCGGGUGAGAGAGGACGAGAGCGGGAUUUUUGAUAUCAAGUUCGUUGCGCUGAGCCACAAUACUGUCAUCGGAGCAGCUGGCUCUUCGAUACUAAACGCGGAGGCGGCGGUGCUGAAGGGGUUUAUCUAAGAAGGGUAGUAGGUAAGAGAAAUUAGAAAAGAAAGGGGGGUAUGUAUGCGAGAAAGCAAGCAUCCUGCAUCUAAGGCGUUAGGGUUGGUUUAUUUGCAUACGGAAGAUAAAAAUGAGGCGGGUGGGCAUUGAAGAUACGUGAUUGAGGUGGUAGAUAAGGGGUUUGAAUAAAAUGAAACGCUUCACUUACCAUUUCUAUGUCGUAUCUAGCUCAGUGGGUGGUAAGUUUGCGUAUGAUUUAAAUUUGCUGUCUAGGCGACUGUGAUUCAAGCUUUCGAUGAUAUAUUGCUAGUUGAGUUUGUUGGGUCCCGGGAGCAUUUCGCUGGGCAUCUUCGUCAUUUCCUGAGUAAUCAGUUUGAGCGAAUAUUAUAUCCAUUGUCU